AUCCCGAGACCUUUGGAUCCUUGGCAACAUGACGCUUGAUAACAAUCGCCGCAAAACCCUUGGACAGUAACUUAUUAAUCUUAUUUAAGUACAGAUCCUGCAUGUGAUAGCUCAUUGACAAUUGACACUGAAUGAGGCUCAGCAGCACAUGUUCAACCUCACGAGCAAACACGACCGAGACACGCGAUACAGCGCAGGAACCUAGCAUGACGCGAGACUUUCCUCAGAGUGAACCUGGAUCGGCCCGUCGCGUGCGCAGGGAGUGGUGGCUUCACGUGGGUCUGUUGUGCAUUCCUCUGCUCGCGGUGUAUUUACACAUUCCUCCUCCACAGCUCUCAUCUGAACUAAACACUUGGCGGUCCUCCGGACACAUCUUCAACAUCAGAGGCCACGACAUCUUCUAUAAAGAGUCGGUUGGUGUUGUGGGAAGCUCUGAUGUUGUUCUGUUGCUUCAUGGCUUUCCUACAUCCAGCUAUGAUUGGUGUAAGUUCUGGGAUUCUCUGACUCAGCGCUUUAACAGAGUCAUUGCCCUUGACUUCUUGGGCUUUGGUUUUUCAGACAAACCGAGACCACACCGUUACUCCAUCUUUGAGCAGGCGAGUUUGGUGGAGGCCCUGGUUGCUCAGUUGGGUCUUUCAGGGCAGAGGAUCAACAUCCUGUCACAUGACUAUGGAGACACUGUAGCUCUUGAGUUGCUGUACAGGAGUGACCGUAACAGGACCGGACAUAUCACCAUUAACAGCCUCUGCCUUUCAAAUGGAGGAAUAUUCCCAGAAACCCAUUAUCCACGAUUCAUUCAGACGGUGCUAAAAGAUUCUGGCUUUAUUUCACCCGUACUUACUCGCCUUAUGAACUUCCAGUUUUUUUCUAGAGGAAUAGGGGAUGUCUUUGGACCUUACACCCAACCAACAGAAGCAGAUUUCUGGGACAUGUGGACAGGCAUUCGCUUUAAUGAUGGAAAUCUGGUCAUGGACAGUAUCCUGCAGUACAUUAACCAGAGACUGAAACACAGAGACAGAUGGGUGGGAGCUUUAACCUCAACUUCAACACCUUCUCUUCACCAUAUACUGAAGAACAGAAUGAUACAGAUGAUGGUGAAAUCUUCUCUAGGAACCCCCCAUGGACCACAGAGAUGACAGAGUGGUCAGAGAUUUCUUGUCACUUAAAUCCAUGCACAUAAUGAAAUGCAUCAUAAAGGUGUUGACUUUCGGGUUGGAGGACUUUCUGAUCCUCAAACCGUAUGUACUUCUUAAAAUUAAGUUUUUAUUGCCAUUUUAAGAUGGACCUUUCUCGGCCUGUUUAGGGGUAAAUGUCAGUAUGUCACACAAAAAUGAAAGUGACAUCAGAGAAUGUUUGGAGUUCUUAUGAAAGUAACGUAUUAAUUUUUUUAAAUAAAAAAUUCUUUAAAAUAAUGACAACUCUGCAAAUGAACUAUCUCUGUUACAAUCAUAUUUUAACAAUGAGAGUGCUCUGAUGUCAAGGCUGUUUGUUUUACUAUAUUUAAUGGCGCUGACUCCUCACAGGGGUUCUUUAAAAGGCACACCAGGUGUAAGCAGUUGGGGUUAAUCAACCGAAAAUUACAAUCAGCUGAGAGUAACAAACUGACAGCUAUGUGAGAUAAAUAAACCUUGCUUUCUGAAGUACCUUCCCUGCUGUUAACAAGUUGAAUCACUGAAAAAAACAAAGAGCAGAAAUAAAUCAUACAAGUAGACACCGCAACAAUUAUGACAUUGCAUUAUGUACAUUGACUUCAUAUAAAACAGAAAAAAGCCUCUCAUAAGAUGAGCUCCAUAAACAAAGCGUUUAAAUUUAAUUUAUUGCAUUAUUAUCCCUUUUAAAAUGGUAAUUUCAGCUAAACUUGAAGUCACCAUCAUGUUGUUUGCUGUUUCCUUCAGUUAGACACCUGGCCCGUAGCUUCUAAAUUUGAGUUGUUUUCCAGCUAUUGCUGCAAUGAUACACAUGAGUGCGAUUUCAAGCGGUAAAAGUUCUUAAGCUGGCUAUAACACCAGACUCAAUUUAUUAGUUGAUUAGUGUGUUAACUGGGAAAAUACAUGCGGAGUGGGGGUUGAGGAGCUCAAGCAGGUGUUUUAUAUUAAUAAACAUUUUGGGAGGGGGCUGAGGACUGGAGUUGAAAAACACUGGAGAAGAGGAUUUUCUGUUCCCAGUGCUUUGUAUGGGAUUGAAUAAUGAAUACGAUGUCACAGUGAAAUGUUGUUCUGUACAUUUUUAAUUCAGAUGGAAGGGGAGGAAGCUUAUCAAUGUUUAGUAUUUUGUUUCAAUGGUAUUCAAUAGCGGUUCAGUGAUGUUACCAUUGUGCUGAAGAGUAGAGCAUUUGAAUAGGUUGAGAACAGACUCCUAUGUUAUCGUCACAAAUGAGGGUUUUGAUGAGGAUGGUGUGUUUUCUUCAUAGUAAGACACUUUUCAAGAGUUGACUUGCAAAAGAUUCUGAUUAAUCUGAGUAUGCAUAUUCAGCUCGUAAUGUGUUUGGGACGGAGAACUUCUCAAACAUUACACUCAUCAAAAGUCAACAAUUAGUAACAAGAGCCCAACUGUUCAGACAAAAUAAUUUUGAGAUUGUUAAGUUAAUCAGUCCAAAAAUACACCAUGGGUAUUUGUAGUAUUUUAGAUUGGGUUUUGCUCAGUCUUUUCUGUUAUGCUCACUGUAUAAUGAUAUGGUGUUACUGAUAUACAGAAUUGUCCAAAUUAUUUAUUUUCUUUGUAUGAGUGUAUUGAUCUUAUACUGCAAGUGACAAUUUACUAACGAUUAAACCAUAAUAAUUUGUGAUGAUUAUUUAAUGAAUAAGCAAUAACGACAAUAAACCAAAUGUUCAGAUAAAAUGAACUCUGAACAUUACAAAACAAGCUACUAAAUGGUCAAGGCAAGUGGUAACAGUUCAUAGUAGAUAGAUAGAUAGUUCAGCUGAAUAGUUUAUUCAUGGUAUAGUUGAGGCUGUUGGCACCCAGCAUGCAUAGCGGCAUCUUUUGCAGUUGUGCUUAUUAAUUGUCACCAUUGUUGGGAUUUGCAGCCCAAAUUCUCAUGUCUAUGCUUUUCUGUAUAGUUAUUUGUGGGUUCCUGUUUCUUUUAUGUAAGGAAGCUUUUGUUUCAUCAUAUUGGUUGUUGUUGCUUAUCAAUGCACCUUGUUUCAAGUUCGUUACUGUUAAGUUCUCUUUCCGUUUGUAAGUCAGCUGGAAACCUGGUCUAUGCUAGGAUUACUUUAGCAUUUAUUGUGCUCCUUUUGAAGACAUCAGGAGAAUUUACGAUAUUUUUUAUGUUGAUCAGCUUCCUCCAAACUUUACUUUCUUUAGCAGCAAUGUUAAUAUUAGUUUAAUUGCUCAGAACACUAAGUAACUAAACGUAUGCCAAAUUUUAGAUGGGUUAUAACUCCAGUCUAAGUACCCAGUCAGGAACCCAUACCACCAUGAUGGUGACUGCAAUUUUAGAUUUUGGAUCAUAUUGCUAGAUUAUUCAUUCAUUCAAUUUUUGGUCAAGGUUUAUUAGCAAAACAUGAAUCAACAAAAUACAAACAAUUAUACAAAUGUUUUCUCAUAAAAUGGUCAACAUGAUUAACCACUUUAAUUUAAAGUUGUACAUUCCAAUCACUGCAGCUAUAUCUGUUUGCACACACACUUUUAGCAGAGGGUGAGUGUCAUUGUGUCAUUUAGCCAUAGGGUGGUGCUCUUAUGUUGAUGGAUAGCCUCCAAGCACAGAUGCAUAUAACGUCAUCUCAGAAGGCAAAUCUUAAUGUAACAUUGAUUGUUUAAAUGUUGAUUUAGAAUUUGUUUCAUGUAGCUUGAAAAAGUCAAGCAGUUCAGCACAAUGGAAGUACAAUUGUUUUACUUUGUUAUCAUUUGUGAUGUGAACUCUUGAUAGAUUCAUCGAGAUUCAUAGACAAACACUUAAAAUAGAGUUCUUUGUAAUAAAUCAAUUUCAGUAGCACAUAUAACAGUCGUUUUCGCCACCUGCUGGGAUAUUUGUGUAAUAUAAAGAAACUUCAUUUGAACAAAUCAUUGGAUGAAUCUUCUUGGUGAAUAGAUUCAAAAGAGCCGAAUCGGUAAGACGAAUCAAACUUUCCACCACCCAAUUAGGGGACACUGCAGUUCCGCAGUUCACCACAUAUUAAACAAUAGAAACAUGGGGCGCUGUUGAGCUCAGCUCCCUGUGACCCGUUUCUGCUUAUUAACAUCAGGUGUAAUCAAUAAUGGUUAAUCACUAAGUAAUUAAUUUAAACACAUUAAGACCAGAUACCCAGCAGUGUUUUACACUGUUCGGUCUGUGUAAUUUUGUUUCCAAGCUUUCCUGCUUUUUAGUGGAGUCACGCCACAUGCUUCCAGUAUUGAGCAAAUGUUAAUAAAGAAUUUCAUAACUGUGUCUUUUU